CAUGAAGUGGAGAAGUCGUGCAACGCGAAUUCAUCAGAAUAUUAGCUAGCUAGCUAGUCUAAUAAUUCAUAUUCUAGACUUGCAUCUAUUUAUAAGAGCAACACUGGUUUACUACAGAAUGGCAGCAGACUGGCUGGGCAGUCUUGUUUCAAUUAACUGCGGGACAACCUUAGGGGUGUACCAAGGAGAGGUGUCCUCGGUUGAUCAGUCCAGCCAAACUAUCUCCCUCAGACAGCCAUUUCACAAUGGUGUCAAGUGUCCAGUACCUGAGGUCACUUUUAGCGCUAUGGACAUCAAAGAGCUCAAAAUCCUGGAAAUUCGUAGCAUCUCCAAUGGAGUGACAAAGCGGAGUGUUCCUGAGCUGAGCUCCUGCUCAACUGGCUUUAGUGGACGCAAAGACAAAGGUGGGGGCUGUGGGGCUGCUGCUCAGGUCAACAGUGCUCCUCUGUGCGUGCCUGGUAAAACAGAGGCCAGGCCCCAGGAAGGGGGCGUGUCUCCUUCACAAAACUAUUCCAAGAGCUACGGAGAGCGCCAUGCCGAUAUUGCCGGCCAGAGUAAAGGCUUCCGCCGUCGACACAACUCCUGGUCUUCUAGCAGUAGAGGUGCAAAUCAGGUCACUCCAAAGAAGAAUGGGUCAAAGAAUGGUCAAAUGAAGAAUAAGGAUGAUGAAUGUUUUGGAGAUGGCAUGGAUGAUGUUCUAGAUGAGGAUUUUGACUUUGAGGGGAACUUGGCUCUCUUCGAUAAAGCAGCCGUCUUCUCAGAGAUUGACUCGUCAGAUCGCAGAGGCAACGGCGCACGGUCCCGGGGUACUCCUGCAGAGCAGACACAGUCACGUUACCGUCAUGACGAGAACAUCCUAGAAGCAAAGCCUGUUGUCUACAGACAGAUUACUGUGCCUCAGCCUGGGGCAAAAGAGUAUAGCACUGACUCAGGGCUGGUGGUCCCCAGUAUCUCAUAUGAGUUGCACAAGCGCCUGCUGACCAUGGCAGAGAGCUACGGUCUCUCUCUGGACCGCAGGCUGGAGAUGACUGGUGUGUGUGCUAGUCAGAUGGCCCUCACACUGCUUGGAGGACCAAACAGGCUCACCCCUAAGAACGUGCACCAGAGACCCACCGUGGCACUGCUCUGUGGGCCUCACGUUCAGGGAGCUCAGGGAAUUAGCUGCGGCCGUCACCUUGCCAACCACGAGGUAGAGGUCAUCCUGUUCCUCCCCAACUUUGUCAAGAUGCUGGAAGCCAUCACGAGUGAACUGACGCUGUUCAGCAAGACAGGUGGCAAACAAGUUUCCAGCGUUAAAGACUUGCCAGAUACUCCAGUGGAUCUGGUCAUAAACUGCCUCGACUCGCACGAGAACACUUUCUUGCGGGACCAACCAUGGUACCGGGCUGCCACUGAUUGGGCCAACCAGAACAGGGCCCCUGUGCUGAGCAUAGAUCCUCCAGUGAAUGGGCAGGAGCAGGCCGUAGAGGCCAAGUGGUCCCUGUCUCUGGGCCUCCCUCUCGCCCUGCCCGAAAGAGCAGGCCGUGUCUACCUGUGUGACAUCGGCCUGCCCCGCCACGUGUUCCAGGAGGUGGGCAUCAAGUACCGCUCCCCCUUUGGCUGCAAGUUUGUGAUCCCACUGCACUCGGCAUGAUCGACCCACAGCCCUUCACCCCGUUUCGUCAGGGUACGGCAGUCAGUGAGCCAGAACUUGCCUUAAAUUCCAGGGAAUUCAGAGGUCAGUUUGAGCACUGCAACGAAUGCACUCCUUCAUGGUGGUACCAAUGCCAGCAUUUUAUUUCUGUUCAUUUCUUUGAGGCUCUAUAACAGUUCAGGAACGUGGCACGUUUUUGGGGCUCCGUUACUAGGCAAGAGGAGCGGAGGGAAGCGGCCUGUGUCGAGGUACCCUGCCACCAGCCUUCUCUGUGUUUACUGACAAACCAGCACCGAGUCUCUGACACUUCCAGCUUCUUAUUUCCAAUGGAAGUGUUUUAGGUGAUUCUUCAUGGUUUUUCCAGACUAAAGAUAUGGUUAGAUCUACAAGGCUCAGGUGUGUUUGCACAGAGCCACAAUAUUUCAUCCUUUUCAGAGCUGUGUCAAAAAUCACACUGAAACCAACCUGAAACAACAUUGCUUGGGAUUCGUUUUGUAUGUGAUUUAGAUCAGUCUAAUUUUCUCAGAUUCUUAGUUUAUUUUUGUCGUCUUUUGUAGUUUCAUGAACUAAUUUGGAUUCCAAUUUGGUUCUUUGUGUGAAAAGGUGAAUAUCUGUAGCAGGCGGGGGACUUAGUUCUUUUUUAAUUUUUUUUAUUUUUUCUGUUUUUCCUUUCUUUUUGAAGUUGGUGCCAAAUGUGACAGAAAUUGGCAUUCAAUUACUAAAGUGGAGCUUGGGGGGGAUGUAUGUGUGCAUGUGGCAACUGAAGCCUUCUUUGGCUUUCUUUUUGACCAGAUACAGUGAGAUCCAGAGAGGAGUUUCUUUUGCUUAAUGCCAUUAGAGCUUUUGCAAUACCAUACUGCCUAGUUUUAUUUGUUUGUACUAAGUGAUUGGAUAAUUCAUAUGCAUGAGUUCCUUUUCAACACAGUUGACUUGCACCAAAAUAUAUUGUUUAAAGAGUUUAUUAAUUUGUGGACUCCCGAAUUGUGGAGGAGUUUGUGUAUGUCUGCCUGUGUCGGAUAUGGUGAGGUAUUAUGUGGCAUUGGGUCAUUUUGUUUUACAACUGGUAGGCCUAUGUACACACAACCUUGAUGUAACCAUACACACUUCUACAGGGGGAGGUUCUAACUCAAUUGGUAUUCGGAUGAUAGCUUCUUAUCAUACCAUUCAAGCUGUUUCUAAUUGAAAAAUUAAUACUUUCAAUUUUAGUUUAAACUGAUUUCUCUUGUGUACAAUAUUUCUAUUCUAAAAGUUAAGGAAAAUAAUUAUGAAGUUGUAUCAGAUCAACUUCAUAAUUAAGGUAUAUACAUUAACUACUUGUUGCAAAACAAAACAACAAACUCAUGCUUUGACUAUUUUAAGGGAACCACGACUUAGUUAUUGCAUUUAAAUUAAAUAAAAUUUACAUGUUAGUUUAUAAUUUCACACACCCUCCCCUGCUUCCUACCCAUUUGUGUGACUAUCUGAAGAAUGCACUUGGACGUAUUGGUGUCAUGCACUGCAAUGCAAGGUCAGUUAAGAAAUUUGUAGAUCCACCAAAUGUUAAAUUAAAUGUGCACAGGCUUAGUUUAUGUCCUCUCUCCACCCUACAGAACACACUUUAGGAAAGAGUGAUUUGUGUGUAUUCAAGAAAACUUUCCCGACCACGUGGUAAUGAAGUACGCUUUAAAGGAAACAUAAUCGGACCAUUUAAAAUGUUACCCCCUCCCUGCUCCAUUGUCACUUAUGUUAAAUUGAAAAAAUAUUUUGUGCAUGUUUGUAAACAUUCUUCCUGGCAAGAAAAGGGCAUAUGAAGCGCAUUUCUACAUAGUGCUUCUUUGUUGGAGGAUAUUUUCAAUAUUUAAAAAAAAAAAUCUUUUUUUUUUCUUGUGUACUGAAUAUUUCUUGAUAUUGCAGUUUAUAUUGCAUUAAUUAGUGGAACAAACGUUUAAAGGAUUUUGAAUAAGAAUUUUGUCUCAGUUAUUUUAUUAUUAUUUUUUUUUUUUUUUUUUUUUGGGACUAUCAAAUGAAGGUCAGUUAGAUCAUUCUGUCCUCUCACAUGUCAGUAGGUGAGCACAAGAAUGAGUAUGUAUGUUAAAAAUGAUACUGACAUUGUGAGGCAAGUGGGGGGAAAAAGUGCCAAAUGCACUUCCUGGUCUUGUCUAGUUAGUCUGGACAUUAUGUGAUGACUGCAGUAGUAAAAUGAUGAAUAAGCAACUUUCUUUUGCUGAAGGGUAAUGCAUCAGCUACUAAUGUUGCAGUAAACCAGGUGGAGACAUUUAAAUCAUAACUUUAGAGAUCACAAAUAUUGUUGGAAUUAGUUUGUCAGCUGUUAAUGAAAUUUCAGCCUUCUAAUUCCAAACAGAAGCCAACAAGUAUUUAAGUGUUCUGUUAUUCUUUGUAGAUCUUACCUUGGCUUUUCACAAAUAUUAAGUGUAGAAUGAACCUAUGCAGUAAUGAGGCACAGUGUAAUGACUACUUGUUUGACAGCUAAUAUGCAUCCGAAGUCAGUUGGCUGUAGUAUAGUCUGGUAAGAAUUUGGACUGUUGGUCAUGUCUAGGUUUAGGUUUCUGCUUAUAUUGGCAUGAAAUUUCAUAUCUGCAAUCCUGCCCAUAACACAUUGUUUUAUUUGGAAAAAUACAUUUGAAUUGAAUCUAAUUUUCCAACAGAAUACCAGUAGUUAUUUGUUCAUUAUCCAGUCAGAAACCUAGCAAGAUCUGUACUUUAUGAACCUAAAGCUGGAAUGGCUUAUUUCAGGGAAUGCAGAAUUUAUUGCAGAGAUCUUUAAAGAAAAUGUGUAAAAAUACACUUUUGUUAACCGAACAUGAAUUUUAACUUGUUUUGCUUUUCAAAGAGGAGUGUUACUACAUGACUUAUGAAACCAGACCAAGAGCCAACUCUAAGCUGCUUUUCUUUUCUGCCAUCUGGCUUUGGAGGACCGCUUUAAUUUGUAUAGUGUGUAUCUUUUUGUCUUUGUUUCUCUUUUUUUUUUUUUUUUUUUUUUUUUUUUCUCCUGUCUUUUUAUGUCGGUCAUAGUGGUCAUGUGCUGUUAUCUGAAUGUGUUUCAGACUGAAUUCAGAAUUUAUUUUCUCAAGUAGUGAAUUUUUUUAUUUAUUUUUUUUCCUUUCCCAUACUUGGUGAGUAGCAUCAGCAAAGACAGUACGUGUCAGUCCCUGGCCAGCACAAGCCAGUGUUUGCAUUAUUUGCAGUAAUAUUCACUGUUGAAAUUUAGGGCUACUUUUUAAACAAAACAAAAAACAUGCUUUUGUUUUUGUUCUGGUGGUAUUUCCUUUUUUUUCUGCUACUUUCUCUGUCUAACAAAAGCAUGAAACAAAAAGUCACAAUAUUUCACUAUUUGUCUAAUGAUCCAUUGUUUGGAAUACCUCUAUAAAUUUAGGCAAGGUGUGACUCGGGACUGGUAUGUGACUUAAUGUAACUUGUGAAAGAGGUUUAUUUCCGAUCAGUUUAUCUUGUAAGUCAUCGCGAUUGGAGAGUUAUUUGGCUGUCAAUACGCCAGUGUUUAUACUGACAAAUAGUUUUAAGGCAUUAUGUUAAAAUCGAGAUGAACAAAUAAAAAGAACGAUUGACCGUG